AUGUCUUAUGAUCGGUAUUUAGCAAUAUGUAAACCACUGUACUAUGGAGCCCGUAUGAAUGGCCGAUUCUGUGUCCUGCUAGCAGCUGGGUCUUGGAUAAAUGGGUUUUUGCCUAUUACCAUAACAACUUCUUUGAUGUCACAACUGACUUUCUGUGGCCCCGGUAAGAUUGAUCACUUCUUUUGUGACUUCACCCCAGUGAUAGACCUCUCCUGCAGCGACACCCGCCUGAUAGAAUUUUUGGGUGUUGUCCUGUCGGGUGUAUGUUCACUGCCCCCAUCUCUACUGACUGUAACAUCUUACAUUUGUAUCAUCACCUCCAUCCUGAGAAUCCCUUCCACCACUGGGCAGCAAAAGGCCUUUUCCACCUGCUCCUCUCACCUCAUUGUGGUUACAACUUUCUAUGGGACCCUGAUCAUUGUUUAUCUCCUCCCCAAAACUAAGAUACUGCGAGACCUGAACAAAGUGUUCUCCAUCUUCUACACUGUCCUGACACCCCUGGUCAAUCCUCUCAUCUACAGCCUGAGGAACAAAGAGGUAAAAAAGGCCCUAAGAAAAGCAGUCAGUAAAUUUAUGGCUUUCACAAGAAUUUAG